CAAAGCAUGUACUCGUUAUUAUUCAUGUUCUUCUCUUUGGUUGCAUGCCUCCCUUUGACCUCAUGCAUCGUAUCAUGAUAUGGUGUGAUGCGUUACGUUGUUGUUAUUUGUUGUUAUGUGCUGUUUGGCUGUUAUUUGUUGUUAUGUGCUGUUUGGCUGUUAUUUGUUGUUAUGUGCUGUUUGGUUGUUAUUUGUUGUUAUGUGCUGUUUGGUUGUUAUUUGUUGUUAUGUGCUGUUUGGUUGUUAUUUGUUGUUAUGUGCUGUUUGGUUGUUAUUUGUUGUUAUGUGCUGUUUGGUUGUCAUUUGUUGUUAUGUGCUGUUUGGUUGUUAUUUGUUGUUAUGUGCUGUUUGGUUGUUAUUUGUUGUUAUGUGCUGUUUGGUUGUUAUUUGUUGUUAUGUGCUGUUUGGUUGUUAUUUGUUGUUAUGUGCUGUUUGCUUGUUAUUUGUUGUUAUAUUAUUGGACGUGUUGUGCCGUACCAUCGCAUGCAGUGGUGGGAGAAGAGCGAUUGGACCGGGUACAAGGAGCUAGGUGCAGAGAAGAGUGGGCGGAACGCUGUGGGCGCUAGCUGGUGGGAGACAUGGCAGGAGGUGCUAAGGACAGACGAGUGGAGUGGCAUCGCGCGCAUCGAGCGCAGUGCGCACAAGCAGGCCAAGUCAAGAACGGACGCCUGGACUGAGAAAUGGUGGGAGAAGUACAACGAGAGGGGAUGGACAGAGAAGGGAGCGUACAAGUUUGGGCGGCACGAGGGGCAGUCGUGGUGGGAGAAGUGGGGCGAGCAGACGGACAAGUGGGCCGAGCAGGAUGACGACGGCAGCAAGUGGGGCGACAAGUGGGAGGAGCGGUUUACCAACGGCGUGGGCAGGCGGCAAGGGGAGACAUGGCACCUCUCGCCCUCUUCCUCCCGGUGGUCAAGAACGUGGGGAGAGGAGCACUAUGGGAACGGCAAGGUGCACAAGUACGGCAAGAGCACGAGUGGCGAGGUGUGGGACGUGGUUGUGGAUGAGCCGACCUACUACGAGGCCACUCCCCACUACGGGUGGGCAGAAGCAACGGCCAACUCGCUGCAGCUGCUGGCGAUCGAACAGAUGGAAAGAGGAGAGACGUGAGGGAGAGGGCAGAGGUGUGAGGGUGAGGGAAGGGAACUGAGGGAGAAAGGCGUCAGGGCCACUCUCCACA